UCCCGCAUCUUCUUCAACCCCACUGAACAACCACAUAAACUCUAGUUUUAUCACAUACUACAGCGAAGAAGAGGAAGAACUGAGGAUCAGUGAUGUGAUGCCUCUCCGUUUGAGUUAUUCGACAGCCAAAAGACCCCAUCUUUUCCGCCGUAAAUUACCGAAACCCAGAACUUUCUCUCACAUGGGGUUUUCAAGAGGUUUUGGUGAAAGAGUAGACAGAACGCCAACAUCUGGUUCUGAAAUGGAGAGUAGUAUCUACACAAUCCUCACUAUAGACCGUUGGGAAUCACUGAAUCACAUGGACUACAAACUGGCUUCACUCAGACCUGUUCAUGGAAAGCUUGCUUUGAAAUUUCUCAACUGGGUAAUUACACAACCUGGUUUGGGGAUGGAUCACAUCACUCAUGUGUAUUGUAUUACAACCCACAUACUGAUUAGGGCUAGAAUGUAUGCCUCUGCCAAAACUAUUUUGACCCAGUUGUUUGAAAUGGGUAUUGGGUCCAAUUCGCUUUUCGGUGCUCUCAUGGACACGUACCCUCUUUGCAAUUCUAAUCCGUCAGUUUUUGACGUUCUAAUUAGGCUUUAUGUGCGAAAAGGAAUGGUUGAAGAUGCUAUAGAGACUUUCAAUUUGAUGGGUUUACGAGGGUUUAGGCCGUCGAUUUAUACAUGUGAUAUGAUAUUGGCGGCAUUGGCGAAGGAGCAGCCUUCAGGGGGUGUUUGGUCAUUUUUCAAGCAAAUGCUGGCAAGAAAAAUUUGUCCUAAUGUUUGUACUUUCAAUAUACUGUUACAAAGUCUGUGUGUCGAUGGAAAGCUGAAGAAAGCAAGUUAUCUCCUUCGGAAGAUGGAAGAAGCCAGUUAUGUUCCGACUGUAGUUACUUACAAUACUUUGCUGUAUUGGUAUUGUAAGAAGGGAAGGUACAAAGCAGCUUCUGAGCUGAUUGACCGUAUGAGUUGUAAGGGUCUUGAAGCAGAUGUGUGUACAUAUAACAUGUUCAUAGAUGAUUUGUGUAGAAACAAUAGAAGUUCCAGAGGUUACUUAUUGUUGAAAAAGAUGAGGAAGAAGACGGUGUUCCCGAAUGAAGUCACCUAUAAUACUUUGAUUAAUGGGUUUGCCAAAGAGGGAAAGCUCGGAAUAGCUACUAAAGUUUUUGAUGAGAUGUCAAAGUUUAAUCUUUCACCAAAUUGUGUUACUUAUAAUGCUUUGAUCGGUGGGCAUUGUCACAGAGGUAAUUUUGGAGAAGCUUUGAGACUUGUGGAUGACAUGGAAGCCAAAGGAUUAGUGCCUAAUGAAGUUAGUUAUGGAGCUAUUUUGGAUGGGCUAUGCAAGUGCGGCAAGUUAAAUUCUGCAAAAAGGCUUCUUGAGAGAAUGAGAAAGUGUAGUGUGGUUAUUGGUUCGGUUGCGUAUACAAUGUUGGUUGAUGGGUUAUGCAAAAAGGGGAGACUCAAUGAAGGUGUACAAUUGCUUGAUAAGAUGUUUAAGGAUGGUGUAAAUCCUGAUGUUGUCACUUAUUCAGUGCUUGUAAGUGGGUUUUGCAAAGCAGGAAAGACAAGAAAUGCAAAGGAGAUCAUUUGUAAGAUGUAUAAAGCUGGAUGUGUACCAAAUAGCAUCCUUUACUCUACUUUGAUCUACAAAUCCUGCAUGCAAGGUAAUGUCAUUGAAGCUAUGAAAGUUUACCAUACUAUGAAUCGUAAUGGCCAUGACGGGAACCUUUUUGCUUGUAACCUUCUAAUUUCUUCUCUUUGUAGAGAAGGAAGAGUACAAGAGGCAGAGGAUUUCAUGCAGCACAUGGAUAGGAUUGGUCCAGUUCCAAAUUCUGUUACUUUUGAUUCUAUGCUAAAUGGGUAUGGAAACAUAGGUGAUGCUUUAAAGGCAUUUUCCUUGUUUGAUGAGAUGAUUGACCUAGGUCAUCACCCUAGUCUUUAUACUUAUGGGAGUCUACUUAAAGCACUAUGCAAAGGAGGAAACUUAGAGGAGGCAAAGCAAUUCUUAGAGAAACUUCAAUACAUUCCUUGUGCCGUAGACGCGGUUAUGUACAACACUUUACUAGCUGAGACAUGUAGAUCUGGAAAUUUGCAAUUGGCAGUAGUUCUUUUGGGUGAGAUGGUCAACAAUAAUCUUCUCCCUGAUAGUUACACAUAUGCCAGUCUGCUUUUUGGGUUGUGUAGGAAACGCAAGGUGGUUGCUGCGAUUCUUCUAUUUGGAAAAGCAAUGGAAAGACAAGCUUUCUUUCUGAACGAGGUUAUGUACACCUGUUUAAUAGACGGACUUUUCAAGGCUGCACAGCCAAAGGCUGUUGCUUUUCUCUGUGAAGAAAUGGUGGAGAAAGGUUUGUGCAGAGAUAUAGUUGCUUUGAAUGUAAUUAUAGAUGGGUACUCUAGAAUGGGUCAAAUGAAUAAGGUGAACUAUUUCUAUUCUCUGAUGAAGAGUGGAAAUCUGUCCCCUAAUUUGGCUACAUAUAAUAUCCUGAUACAUGGGUAUUCGAAAAAACAGGAAAUAUCUAAAUGCUUUGAGUUGUACAAUACCUUGAUAAGGAAAGGUUUUGUUCCUGAUAAAUUGACAUGCCAUUCUCUAAUUCUUGGGCUUUGCAAAUCAGGCAUGCUUGACAUUGGGCUUAAAAUUUUAAGAAUGAUGGCUGUGGAAGGUAUUGUGGCAGAUCGAUUUACAUUUAACCUUCUAAUUACUAAGUUUAGUGAGAGGGGUGAGAUGGGAAAGGCCUUUGAUCUGUUGAAUGCAAUGAAUUUGUUAGGAGUAUUUCCAAAUGGAGAAACUUAUAGUGCCAUACUAAAGGGACUCGGAAGAAACUUCGAUUUUGAAAAAUAUCGUACCAUAUUGAACGAAAUGUUGGGAAAGGGAUGUAUUCCCACAGAUAGACAAUGCACCACUCUGAUUACUGGUAUGUGCAAAGUGGGGGAUAUACGAGGAGCGUUCAAGGUAAAAGAUGAAAUGGAGGCACUCGGUAUUGCCUCUCGAGAUUUAGCUGAGAGUGCAAUUGUUAGAGGGCUUGUGAAGAGAGGUAAGAUGGAAGAAGCAAUGCUGGUUCUCAAUUGCAUGCUUCGUGUGAAAAUCAUUCCAACAGUCGCUACUUUCACAACUCUGAUGCACAAAUUUUGCAAAGAACAAAACUUUGAAGAAGCUUUGAAGUUAGUGGAUAUAAUGGAACUUAAUCGUGUGAAAAUUGAUGUUGUUGCUUACAAUGUCCUCAUUGCUAGCUUCUGUGGUCAUGGUGAUGUUGCCCGUGCAUUUGAACUGUAUGAGCAGAUGAAGCAAAGGGGUCUCUGUCCCAAUACCACAACGUACACUGCUCUUAUUGAUGCUGUUUGUAGAGAAAGUAGUCGUGAGAAGGGAGAAAUGCUUCUGAUGGAUUUAGAUGGGAGGGAAUUGAUAGCUCAAGAUGGAAGUACUCAAAAUUUGCAUGAUCGGUUGGAGAUGGCUUUCAAAACAUUAAAUCUUAUAAGGUGCAGAAGAAAGAAAUGAUACGGAAAACGGUAAAGGUGGGCCAAUCAUUCAACUGUGUAUGUGACCCUAGUCUGGAGGUUACUGCCAGAAAAGGCUGAGAGAUGGGUGUUUCCUUCUUUAAGAAGCUGUGUUGCUUAAGAAGACGAGGUCAAAAGCACUUGGGGGAGCUGCUUUAUGUUGCGCUUAUGCAUGAAUGUGAUGGGCAAUAUGUUAAAACUGUACAAGAAAGAUUCAGGAGGCUAAGUACAACUUAAUUGUGUUGUGGUUUUCGGUUUUCUAUUCCCACUGAAAAAGCUGUGAUUUGUAUCAUGUGAAUCGAUUCUUUUCUUAGUUUUGAAUUUGGGUACAUGGAAAGAUAACGAUUAAAGUUGGAAACUUGAGGUCUGUUUCCUUUCGGCAUCUGAAAAACUUAUAUCGUUUUGCUUUUUCUUCAUAUCUGAAUUGUAGGUGAUUGGGAUUUCGGUACUGUUCCACGAGAUAUUAUGUCAACCAAAGAAUAACAUAUAUCUGUUCCUGGGGGAAUAUACAGGUAAUAGGCGCUGUCAGGAUAUAACAAUGCUGAACAAUGGAUAGAAGGAUGUAUUUAAUUGGGGUCUCCUUUUUAAAGGAUAAAAAUUGCUGGAGUUUUUUCGGGAAUAUGAGUGGAAAAAUGGACAAUGAAGGUUUCGUUACUGAAUGGCUUCCCUAGUAAUACCAAUGGCAUGUUCCGUUUUAGUUACUUUAAAAAAGUGACAGUGAACUGUAUUGGCAAUGAUCGGGAUAUAUGUGCCGUGUUACUGGACAAUACAUGACCGCAUGAAUGUAGAACUCAAAGCUGUAAUGUGAUGAAGAUAUAGAUGAACCGUUCAAAAACAGCUUGACUUUAGCUGGGUAAGAUGAGCUGUACGAGGUUUCUUGGGGGUUGGGGUUUGUUGAAGUAUCAAGUUGCCCAUCCAUCGAACCCUAGUUAUGGUGAGCCUCAGAAUCAACUGUCUAGCUGCACCUCACAACAGAGGAAGGAAGGAACAGGCUGUUGUUUCAGAUAAUACAGGGGAAAAAAAUUAUCGACUGAUUAGUCGUGUUUGCUUGUUGGAGCUCCAGCAAUAGCUUCUGUGGCAUGGGAAGCAGGGAAGCCACUGGUGAUCAAAGAAGUGGAGGUGGCACCACUGCAGAAGAUGGAGGUUCGUGUGAAGAUCCUCUUCAACACUCUCUGCCACACCGAUGUUUACUUUUGGGAAGCCAAGAGCAGGUACUUAUGCUUCCCAGAACAGGAUGCCAUAAAAAGUGCCACUGCUGAUAUUCCUUACAGGCCUCAAAAAGAAGCUUGUCACUUUGACCUGGGAAUGCAGCACUUGUUCAAAUGUGGAAUUCUCUGGACUUGAUAUUGGGUGGGGUCAGGCCUUGGGUUCGUGGAUUGCUAAUUUGCUAAUGGAGUCAUAGUUACCAGGAGAACAACUUGCCUUAGACUCUUUAAGUAUUGGAGAGUUUCAUAUGCAUUGUUUAGCCUCUUUCCUGACAGCUUAAGUUUUUAGGAUGGGGUUACACAAAAUGGGUUUCCACGUGAGGGGCUUGAGGGAUGGUAUCGGAGAACUCGAUGCCUGCAAAGGCUGGAAGUAACACAUAUCAAGCUCAACCUCUCUGUAUCUAACGAAUUACUAUAUCAAAGUUAAAAGUUUUGGUCACUCAGAAAUGGUUGAAAAAGGAUACCUAUCAAAUUUGAUGAGGAACGAGGUCUGCGGAUUCUCCAGAGAGAAUUGCUGAAAGAGAAAUAGGAUACACCAAAAGAAAAAGGGUCCAAACCUGUCUUGUGGAGGCGGGAGUGUGGAGAUCGUCGAGAGGCAAAAGGAGGAAUACUAAGAUACCCACUAAGGUUGGUGAGGUUAUUGGUGAUUUGGGAGUUGAGGAUCCUGAGCUUGCUAUCGAAUUGUUUUAUUUGCUUAAGAAUGAGCAUGGGUUGAGGAAGUGCUCACAACUGGUCCGAAUACCUAGCUAUCACUACAAGAAAAAGGGGUAGAGAAGUGUGGGUUUGCUCAUUUCACUGCUAAAGCAAACCCCCCUGAUGUUGAGUUCUGAUCCUUCCAAACAUCAGUUCUGCAUUUGAUGUCAAUCUCACUGAUAAUAGCUGGGGUCAUGAAGGAUUUGAUGUUGUUAGUGUAUCAAAAUGUGGGAAAGACUUGAUCCCCAUGAAUUCCAAACUCCAGGAGGCAUAUUCAACUCCAAUCCUACCUCUGGAUAUCCUUUCUGACAAAACUGCUGAACAGAAGUUUGAAUGGGUAGUGUUUUGUGAUGUGUUGUGACUGGGAAAAUUCUGAUGAAGUGCUUUCUUUCUGGGAUGCCUGAUUUGAAGUUGGGUUUAAACGAUAAAAUUGGCCUUAAGAAAGAGUCACAACUUAAGUCAUGUCCCACUAAUAGCUGCAGGCCAAACAUGAGGAAGGUGCAACUAGUGGGAGAUAACCAGAGAUUGAGGUGGGUCUGAUUUCAUUUUAAGUGCAAUUGUGGUACAUCUCUGCAACAUAAGGAAGUACAUUCUUUGCUUCGGUACCGUAACAUUUAUUUGUUUAUUUUCUUGUUUCAAGAGAAGGUUACAUGGAACUCUUCUACAAUGCUAGGUGACGAACUGCUUUAGUGGUUGGAGAUGCUUGAGAAAAAGAUGAUCAGGAGAAUGUGUUUGAUAAAGGCGCAUGGGGCACUGUUUAUUUUGGGGACUUAGUGUUUAUUUUCUUUGACUUGUUUGUCUUUUUUUUCCCUUGACUGUAUUUUAUUGAGUACGGUACAGAUGAACAUGAAUUUGGAUUGCAAAAGUAUGAAUUAUUGUUUCUUUUUGCUAGUAUAUGGAUUCUAAAGUUUUGUUGUUUGGAUAU